AUGCGUGAGAUCGUUCACCUUCAGACCGGUCAGUGUGGUAACCAAAUAGGUGCCGCUUUCUGGCAGACCAUCUCCGGCGAGCACGGCCUCGACGGCUCCGGUGUUUACAAUGGCUCCUCCGAUCUCCAGCUGGAGCGCAUGAACGUCUACUUCAACGAGGCCAGCGGAAACAAGUAUGUCCCUCGUGCCGUCCUCGUCGAUCUUGAGCCCGGUACCAUGGACGCCGUCCGUGCCGGUCCCUUCGGUCAGCUGUUCCGUCCCGACAACUUCGUUUUCGGCCAGUCCGGUGCUGGUAACAACUGGGCCAAGGGUCACUACACCGAGGGUGCCGAAUUGGUUGACCAGGUUGUCGAUGUUGUCCGUCGCGAGGCUGAGGGUUGCGACUGCCUCCAGGGUUUCCAGAUCACCCACUCCCUCGGUGGUGGUACCGGUGCCGGUAUGGGUACUCUCCUGAUCUCCAAGAUCCGUGAGGAGUUCCCCGACCGCAUGAUGGCCACCUUCUCCGUUGUUCCCUCCCCCAAGGUCUCCGAUACCGUUGUUGAGCCUUACAACGCCACUCUUUCCGUCCACCAGCUCGUUGAGCACUCCGACGAGACCUUCUGUAUCGACAACGAAGCUCUGUAUGACAUCUGCAUGCGCACCCUCAAGCUCUCCAACCCCUCUUACGGUGACCUGAACCACCUGGUCUCUGCUGUCAUGUCCGGCGUGACCACCUGUCUCCGUUUCCCCGGUCAGCUCAACUCUGAUCUUCGCAAGUUGGCCGUCAACAUGGUUCCUUUCCCUCGUCUCCACUUCUUCAUGGUCGGCUUCGCUCCCCUGACCAGCCGUGGCGCCCACUCUUUCCGUGCCGUCUCCGUUCCUGAGUUGACCCAGCAGAUGUUCGACCCCAAGAACAUGAUGGCUGCUUCUGACUUCCGCAACGGCCGUUACCUCACCUGCUCUGCCAUCUUCCGCGGAAAGGUCUCCAUGAAGGAGGUUGAGGACCAGAUGCGCAACAUCCAGAGCAAGAACCAGACCUACUUCGUUGAGUGGAUCCCCAACAACAUCCAGACCGCCCUGUGCUCCAUUCCUCCCCGUGGUCUCAAGAUGUCCUCCACCUUCAUCGGAAACUCCACCUCCAUCCAGGAGCUCUUCAAGCGUGUCGGCGACCAGUUCACUGCUAUGUUCCGUCGCAAGGCUUUCUUGCA